AUGAAGUCCACAACGCUGCUUCACCUGCUGGGCUUUGCCUCGUGCAUUGCUGCUCUUCCGGAGCCCCAGCCGCUGAUCACAGAAGCCCCGGCGCUCGCGACUCUUUAUCAGCGAGACAAUGAGGCUCCCAGCUUCAUGGGAUAUGUCGCGGACAACACGACUUAUAAAGAGACGGCAUGCGCGAAAGGUUAUUACAGCUCGGCCGGGCGAAAUGCUGGCUGCGUGACGGACAACACGAGACCGGUUGCGACAGGCUGCACCAGCUCGACCCUCGUCGUCUACCCCAAUGGUGAUAAUGCUACCUGUACCGGAAGCUACACCUGCUCAUACCACACCAUUUUCGACAACCUCGACCAAAAGUCAACAUGGAGCCGGUGGGCGUGCUUCGUCUCCGGCAACACCAACAAGGUCAUCGUCUACCGAGCGACCACCCGCGCCUCCUCUACAACCACUACAUCCGAAAUCUCCACGACGACCGAUCAAUCCGCGACCACGGGCGAGACGACCGACACCGCAGCCUCCGCGACGGCCACAUCAGACUCGGGCACAGAUGGUUCCAGCGGCGGCGGCAAAAGCAUGGCCUGGGUCGCUGGUCCCGUCGUCGGUGGUAUCGCAGGUCUCGCCAUCAUCGGACUGCUGGUCUGGGUGGCGCUGCUCCUCAAGAGGCGAAAUGCCAACAAGGGAGUGGAAGCAGCGCCAGACCCCAACUACAACAACAUCAACCUGCCUCCGGGUUCCAACAUGUCACAGAUGUACCCAUCGCCGCAAGUGACACCCGCGGCGGGCUACGCCGACCCCGUAGGCGAACCAUACAAAUACUACCCGCAGGGCCCUCCGCAGUCCCUCUACGCCUCCCCUCCUCCCCAAGGCGGGUAUUCUCAGGUUCCUACCCAGGUCGCCGAGCUGCACAGCACGUCCUCGCAAGGGCCUUGGAUGUCUCCGGCCCCGAGUGAGCUGCCCGCUUCCGAGAGCCACGGGGCCAGGAGUGACGCGGCAGAGCUUGGGGGAAGUGACGUGCGGAGAUAG